AUGACCUCGGAUCGUGAUGUGAGCGAACCGUCCGACCAACCACCUGACAAGGUUAAGAUCGAAAACAUGACAGACCCGGAUCCAUCUUCGAGUGUGCCGAUGCGCAAGCGGACCGUGACCGCUUGUGACCAGUGUCGACGACGGAAGACCAAAUGUGACGGAGCGCAUCCAUGCGCGACUUGCAGCAGCAUCGGGUGCCGUCAACAGAUCCGCAAACUUCGUGCAUAUGGCUCGCUGACGACUUCCCUUAGCCUCGAUUGCUCGUAUGGCACCCGCAUCAAACAAGCUCGCGGGCCCAAAUAUGUCGGCUAUCUCGAACAGAAAGUCUCGCAGCUGGAGACGCAGAUGAAGGAGGUCUUCUCCGGCGACCUGCGUGGCAAUGAUGACGACGACAGCGUGGUCGGCAUGCAUCAUUCACCGACUUCGACAUUCGGAAAAUCUUCAAGGUCUGCUAUCGACGAUCCGUGCUGCGAAAUCCCUCCCAAUCGUGCGCGUGAAACGAUUGCGUCGGUCGAAUGGGGACCUGACAAAGAUCAGAUACAGAAGGCCGGGCGAAGGAUCUUCGUCGAAACGAUCCGUUGGCCACACAAUAGACCCAACGCCUCCACACGUAUGUCAUAUGGAAGUCCUUGUGGCUUGGAAAUUCUUCGUCGACUUCGCGCCUUGUGCAGUGAUUAUGUUGAUAUCGCAAGUCAUCAGGAGGACCCAAAUAUCAACAGUUUGAUCAACUCGCUGGACUUCUCCUUCUCUAUCCAGAGGUCUUCUGCACAGCUCGGAGCGGGAGUCGAUCUGCCUCCUGAAGCGGAGGUCGUUUACCUGGUCGACGUGGCGUUCCGCGAAGCUUUCAUUCUCUGGCCGUUCCUCGAACGCGGAUACAUCGAUGCCAUCAUAACCUACCUGUUUCGUGGUCGUGAGCUUCUCCAGGACGAUAUGACCAAUCGUGACAACCUCGCAUUGCUGCAAGCCGUCCUGGCUUUAGGACAGCGUCAUGAUUCAAGAAGUCUUAUCAACAGGGAUGAGGGCACUUGGGUAGGCAGGAACAGACAUGUUCCGGGUAGUGCAAAAUUCUUUAUCGCGGCGUCACAGGUCGUGGACACCACGAAUUGCUCGAGAAAUCUCGUCGCCGUCCAGACCAUGCUUUGUUUCGCCAUCUAUACGCAGUCCAUAAAUGCUGCGACUUUGUGCAAUUCUUUCACCAAUGCGGCCACUGGAGCUGUUCUGAGGAUGGGCCUCCACGAGUUGCCCUCGGGCUUGCCAUACGGAGAGCGUGCCUUGGGCGUGCGCAUCUGGACAGCCGCCCGCGUCUUCGACACAUAUGCGAAUUCCGCACUAGGGAUGCCGAGUCAGAUAUGCUUACGGCCGCGAUUCGAGGAUCAUCUCGACAGAUACCCGGCAUUGACUGAUCCGCGCUCUAACACCGCACUGGUCGCGAGUGAUGCUCACUCCAAACUGAUGGACAUUCUCGGCAUGAUUGUUGAAUUGUGUUAUUACAACAACGAACACGCGACCAAGCGUGAUGGAGGCUACAGUGUCCAAUAUCUUCUGCUCAGAAGUGUUGAGAUGAAGUUCAACGAAUGGGCCAAGCAGUACUCUUCUGGCAAUAAUCUUCCGUUGCAGAACUUGAGCCGGCCACAAUUAAUGCUUGAGCUCUCUUACGAAUAUGCUCGCCUUCUCCUCUUUAGCCCUUUCUCCUACAGUGCCGCUGAGCAGCCCCCGGAGGACGAUGCUUCCAAAGCUUAUGGAUUCGCGACUCAGGCCAUUACCUGUUCCAGCCGCCUGGUCUGGGUGAUCGAGGCAUUGGAGAAUCAAGGCAAUCUCAACCCAUCACAUCCUCAUAUUGUUCACGCUCUUGCCUACGCGUGCGUGGUACUGCUGCACGCAGAACUCAGCAGCAGCACCAAGUACACCGACGAUCCGGACUGGGGAGACUUCCGAGACGCCAGCACAAGUGCGCAUCGUCUCUUGGCCAAUCUGGCUCAGAGUAGCGAUGCUGCGGCAGGCUGUUUGAUAUCGCUGACGCCAUUAUACAAUUCCCCUCGGACAUCUCAACAGCUCACUCGCGGUGCGGAAUUCGACAUGGGCGUGAACGCCGCAGACGCCGAGAUGUUCUCCCUCCCGGCGUUCGUUCCGACCAGCGAGGCACUUCCCGAUGGCCACUCCCUCAGUGGGCCGAGCCUUCAGCAGUCACAGCAGCAGCAACGUCAGCAAAGGCCGGCUAGCACGGCGGAAAGCAUGUGGAUGAUAUCGUUACCUCCUGCGCAUCAUUAUUCGAACUUCAACUUCCACGACCCUGCGACAUGA